AUGGAACGCAACCCUAAGAACUCGAUGAAGUCCACCUGGCGGCGUCAAGCCCGCUCGGAGUGGACGCUUUUCCACUGGUUCUAUGAACUACUCGGCAUCCACCCCGAAAACCUCGACCAGCCCGUUCCCACCCACUUGAAGGAAGACGCGGUCCCCUACGUGCCUGACUGGUCGAUGCAUCGCUGGGUCCUCACCCACGCGGUGAUCCCCCUGCUCGUGCACCAUGCCUACGUCCAAUACACCGGCCACAACCUUGGCCGAUUGGGCGCAUUCAUUCUCUACAGCAUGGCCUUCAAAGCAAUCGCCAUCCACGAACUCCACGUGCUCCGACGCUUGGGCCACGUCCACGGCUUCCUCGACGGAGACAAGCACGAGCGUGACGGCGUCCCAGACGUCGGCGUCGGCAAAGUCUUCCGCUCUUUGAUUUCAACCUCAACCUUCCGACCAAUGUUCACCGUGUUCCUCGCCUACCGCGUCGCCGAAACGCCCGCCUCAAUGAGCUUCGCCUGGCUACCGCUGGAAAUCGGCCUGUACGGCAUCAUCCUCGACUUCUGGUUCUACUGGUACCACCGCCUGAUGCACGACGUGGACGGCCUCUGGAAAUACCACCGCACUCACCACCUCACCAAGCACCCGAACCCGCUCCUGACGCUGUACGCCGACCUGGAGCAGGAGUUCUUCGACAUCGCCGGCGUCCCGCUGAUGACCUGGUUCACGAUGCGCUUCAUGGGCAUGCCGAUGGGCUUCUACGAGUGGUGGAUCUGCCACCAGUACGUCGUCUUCGCCGAGUUGGCCGGCCACAGCGGCCUGCGCGUUCACGCAACCCCGCCUUCAACACUGAGCUGGGCGCUGCGGAUGUUCAACGCGGAGCUCGUGAUCGAGGACCACGAUUUGCACCACCGCAAGGGCUGGAAGAAGAGCCACAACUACGGCAAGCAGACUCGUCUCUGGGACCGCAUUUUCGGCACUUGCUGUGAUCGCAUCGAGUCGGUCGAGAAUAACGUUGACUAUGCCAAUCCAUCAACCAUGCCUCUUUACUGA